AUGGAGGGUUUCGUUAGUUGGGUAGGAAGAUCGAGUCAACACAUAUCAAUGGAUCUCUAUCAGGAAGUUGAAGGACGUCGUGUUAACUUCUUAUCUGCGAGAUUUGUCACCGUAUCUCAAGACCCGAUCACUGGACGAGCAACACCGAAUAUGCCUCUAAUAACGACUGAUCCUGAGCAAGAAGAAAUUGUUCGAAGGGGACGUGGUAUCUCACUAUUGCAUUUCGUUUAA